UAUGGUAUCAUUCGAAAUUUGACUGAUACCAAAGAACAGUCACCCGAAAAUUGUUAUCAAUAUUCCUUUCCUCGCUGUUUUCCAUUGCUAUCUCGUUUCCAUUGAAUGAUCAUUAAUUAGAGAGCUAAUUUAAAGGUAGGAAAAGUGUAAUUUACUCACUUCAGCUCCACAAGUCGUUCAGCAACAUCAGUACAGCGCAAAUAGAUCUUAAAGUACAAUCCAAGGUCUUAAAAUGGGAAGUUUCUGUAUUUCGUUGAUGCUAGUCACUGUUCUGUUUCAUUUAUCCAGCUCUGCGUUCACAAAAGAAGAUUGUGACAAACCUGUUGAAGUUGGACCAAUGCAGUGCAGAGCAGCAAUUUUAGUAUUCCGUUGGCAUAACAAUCAAUGUGAAGAAGCCAUCUACGGUGGCUGUUAUCCCUCUAAAAACAAUUUCAAGUCUAAAAAGGAAUGCGAGAAGGUGGCAGGACCCAUAUGUUCCAAGAAAAAAUACUAAUAGCGUGGAUAAUUGUCAAGUUUACGUUUUUUUCAUCCACGUUGAAGUUUCUUGUUAAAGUUUGAAUUUUCUAUAUCUUAUUAUUAUUAUUCUAAUAAAGUGUUAAAGAAUU